GAUAGGAGAGGGAGAGAGUCAACAGCAACCAACACACAGACGGUUCAUGCGCCGAUCGUUUUAUACCUAGAAGCCAUCCUGUGUGACUCGUGAUUCCACAUUUCCUUUAAAAAAUAAGGACUUAGUGAUACCAGCGCCGCCUGCCCCUCCCUCCCUCCCUCCCUCCUUCUGUCUUGUCACUGGAGAUGUCUGGGGGAGAGGGGGACAGAUCAACCCCUGGACCUAUUCCACCACGAUGGCUACUUUGUCCCAGGAAGAGCCAGAACCUCAUUGGUGGGAAGUUCCUAGUGUUCAAGACUCCCCUCAGCUCAAGGUUCGACGAUCAGGUUCCUCCAGAACACAGAUUUUCACCAGAAAUGCUGUUUGCCUCUAUGAAAAGUUACAAGGUAAAAAUUGGUCUGUGGGUGGAUCUGACCAACACCAAAAGGUUCUAUGACAGCAGCCUUGUAGAGAAAGAAGGUGCUCGCUACGUCAAGCUCAAGUGCCGGGGCCAUGGAGAGUGUCCCAACCAAGAACAGGUUAAUCUCUUCACUGAUAUAUGUGAAAAAUUCAUCAGGAAAUCUCCCCUAGAGAUAGUUGGUGUUCAUUGCACUCAUGGUUUCAAUCGUUCAGGAUUCAUGAUUGCCUCCUUUUUCAUCAACAAACAUGAUUGGGGUGUAGACUUUGCCCUCAGUGAGUUUGCCAAGGCUAGGCCACCAGGUAUCUACAAGGGAGACUACCUGCGUGUGAUGUAUGAGAGGUCUGGAGACAACCCUAAUGAAGCACCUCCUGCUCCUCCCCUCCCUGACUGGUGUAAUGAAUAUGAUGACAGUACAGGGGAUGAUGGAGACAGCUCAAGGGGGGGUGGUGGUGGUAGUGGUGGUGGUGGCAGGAAGAGAGAGAGACAAAAGAAGGAUCCUACAUUCAUGGAGGGCAUCAAAGGUGUCAUCCCCAUCACUGAGAACCCCAAACUGAGAGCACUCCAGAAGCAGAUCCAGCAGAUGUGCCAUUGGAAAGGAAAUGGGUUUCCGGGAUGUCAGCCAGUGAGCAUGGACCAAGAGAAUCUCUCACUUCUUGGACAAAAGCCAUAUCGAGUGUCCUGGAAAGCUGAUGGCACAAGAUAUAUGAUGCUUAUAGCUGGUCGUCGUGAGGUAUAUUUUGCUGACCGUGAUCACUGCAUCUUCCAGGCACCUGAAGUGGAAUUUAGACAGAAGCAUGACCUCAUGGUCCAUCUCUCUGACACUUUAGUUGAUGGGGAAAUGGUCAUAGACACAGAUCCCCAGACUGGAAUGAAAUAUCCACGUUACCUCAUCUAUGAUGCUAUCAGAAUCCAGGGCAGGGACAUCAUGCAGGACACCUUCCACAUGAGAUAUGAGCGUAUAAUGACAGAUAUAAUUCGGCCCAGGAAAGCUGCCAUUGAGCAGGGACUCCUCAACAAGCAAAAGGAGCCAUUUGGAGUCCGUAGGAAGGACUUCUGGGAGGGUAACAUCCACUGGACCUACAAGCUUCUCAGUCCUGCUUUCCAGGCAAAGCUGUCCCAUGAGCCUGAUGGACUCAUAUUCCAGCCAGAGCCAGAUCCAUACCAAACUGGAAGAUGUGACCAUGUUUUGAAGUGGAAGCCUGCUAGCCAUAAUUCUGUUGACUUCAAGUUAAAAAUAGUGAAGAAAGGAGGAGAGGGGUUACUGACAGAAACAGUUGGGGAGCUUUGGGUUGGGGGUCUGGACCAGCCGUUUGCCAUGAUGAAAGCCACCAAGGCUUUGCGGGAGUACAAUAACAGGAUAAUUGAAUGUAAAUUUGAUAAAGGACAAUGGGUCUUCAUGAGGGAGAGGACAGAUAAGUCUUUCCCUAACAGCUACACAACUGCUGUGGCGGUUUGCAACAGCAUAAAACAUCCUGUAACAAAAGAUAUUCUCCUUAAAUUCCUCGACACUGAAGGUUACAAGAAAAAAGAUGAAGAUUUAAUGCCACCUCCAGCUCCAAAGAAGCAAAAGGUCUGCUAGUAGUGUCACUAGGCAGACAUAUUUAAACAUGGGUGUUUGGUUAAAGGUGUUGCUUUUACAGUCUGUCUGCUGAAGGAUGUAAGGAAAACUGACUGGCAUUUCUUCUGGUGCCAUGAAAGAUGUGUAUUAGUAUAUAUAUAAAGGAGUUUCCAAUACUUUUUGAUAAAAAUAAAACAAAUUACACA